AUGUCUCUAAUAGUGACCAUCUUUGUGUUGGUCUUCAUAACUGAGCUGAUCUCCUGGAUCGGCAAAUCCGUCUUGUUCGAUUUUGUGUACGCGCUUUAUCUGCGCAUAUUCUGCUCCGCCGCUGUCGCACGGCAGCGCAAGCUUAAGUCGGAGAUAUUAGUGGGAAAGAAGGAGCUCCUGCAGACGAGUGCACAGGACCAGUUCGCGAAGUGGGCGAAACUGAGGAGGAGUGUAGACAAGGGGUUGGCUGAUCUGGAGAAGCUCAACAGCGAGCUCUCCUCGUACCGAUCGUCAUUUUCGCUGAAGUUCAACGGCGCCAUCUGGCUCCUGACGACGGGGCUGCAGUUCUUCGUGAGUUGGUGGUACCGCAAAACAGCAGUAUUUUUCCUUCCGCCAGGGUGGUUCGGGCCCGUCACCUGGUGGUUGGCGUUGCCAUUCGCCCCCGCAGGCUCUGUGAGCUGCGGGGUUUGGCAGAUGGCCUGUAGGCGGGUGAUUAAGGUGGGCGAACGUGUGGUGAGAGAUCUAGUGAUGGUAGAAUCCGAGUCCGUAACUAUUCCGUCGGAACAGCAGAAAGCUACUCCUGCCGGAGAGAAGAGUUCAUGA